GGGGAGCCGGGCUGGGAGCGCGGGGUAGACAGUGUGCGGUGGACACAGAGAGAGAGAGAGACGCGGGGAGACUGUCGGAGCGAGGCAAGGCGGGCCGGGCCGGAGCCACCAUGUUUUCACCGCGGGCCCCCGCAGGCACCAGGCGGCCCCCGGGCAGUUGCUACGGAUCACCUCGCGGCCCAGGCGGUCCAGGCGGCGGCGGCGGCGGCUUCACGGUGCAGGGCCGGCGGAGCCUGUCUGCGGGCGCGACCGGCGUCUUGUCCCCGGCCUGGCGCGCCACGCUUUGCAGCCGUUCAACACCAACCAGAGGAGCACAAUAUCAAACUGUUGCCGAGACCCUCAACUAUGAAAUAAGAAGUUUUGGAUCAUCUCUUCCUGUGAAGGUUAUGGAGGCGAUAACUCUAGCCGAAGUGGAUGAGCCAUUAAGUGUUAAAAUUAGUGAAAAUGGAUGGGCAUGGCUUGUCUGUGGUGAAAAGCUAAUUGUCUGGAAGAUUGGCCAGAUGUCUGUUGCUAAGCUGUCUGUAUGUAAAGAAUUCCACUUGCCACCUUGUGACCUCCCUUACGUUGCAGACCUGGUGGCUUUAUCACAUCCAAAUGAACACACUUCCUCACAGUGUGUGUCGGUGAUGGCAGCUUCCAGGCGGGGUACAAUAUGUUAUUGGCCCAGUUUGACCCAUGAAGAAUCUUGUACAGAAAUUACUGUGGAUUUUAACAGUGCUGAGUGGAAGUGUCUGACUUCUGUAACGGUAGGUGGAUUUAUUCUUGCUUCCCAAAAGAACCAGUUGCUGCGAUUAACACCGGAUGGUUCGGGAAGAGUGAGCUCCGCCCCCGUGCAGCAGGGACAGGGGAUGCUCUCGGGACUGGGUCGCAGGGUCUCUUCACUCUUUGGCAUUCUCACCCCCACAGCCAAUGAUGUGUUAAGCUCUGUACUGUGGGAUGAGGAGAACGAGUGCCUCUAUACCCUGACUAACUCUAGCCUGGACAAAUGGGAAGUGGAUGAGACAUCUGAACGGCAUGUUUUCAGUUGGGACUUAAACCGAUCCAUGAAAGGAGACCUGGGAAACUACAUUUGGGGAGCUGAUGAAAAUUAUGAAACCGAUAAGUCUGGAAUCAAUGUGCAGUAUCUAGAUUUGCAACUGAGCAAAGAGGGUCUGGUGGUUUUGAUGGCAGCUUGGAGCCAGGGAGACUCUCCAUGCUUAAUCUACUACGUUUUAGGCACUGUCCAAGAUAAUGGAUAUCGAAUAACUGAUGAAAUUAGAAUGGAGGUCACUGAGUAUCAUCCUUUAUACCAGCCAGAUGAGGAGAUCCCAUGCCGGCGGUUUUUGAUACCAGAUUACUCAAACCCAGCUGCAUACCUCUAUACAUAUGAUAUGGUCUUUGCAGGUUCCACUGGAACUGGACGAGCUGGUCUACCUCAGGAGAAAAUCAACUUGAAUAUGCCAGGUGAUGGUAUCCUAGGUGGGGGAAGAUUUGCUGGGUAUCCUGUCCUAUUCUGCAGGAACAGUGGUUUGGUUGCUGCUCGCCCCAAGGAAAGCGUGUCAAUGCUACCUGAAAACAUUGAAGAUUCUCUGGCUUUAUCUACCUCUGGAGCAGCAGCACAGGGUGAUGUUGGGCAGCCAUUUGAAAGAACUGCCGCAGAACCACAAGAGGAUAAAAUUAAGAUGCUGAAAACUGCCUUUGUGAUGUAUUGCAGAAAGGAUAUCGUUGCUGCCCAGGCGAUGUUGGGGGACAUCUUCCCAGAAAACGCAGAUCUGAGAUCGGACUCUGAGCUUGAUGGUGCUGUGGCACAAAUCAGUUUAGAUCUGAUCAAUGACUACCCAGCGUGUGAUCCCCGCUGGGCUGAAUCCGUACCCAACGAUGGGAAUAGAUUCAGCAACACCUCUUUGCUGUUGCUUCAUCAACUGGAAGAUAAAAUGAAGGCUCAUUACUGUUUGAUGGAAUUUCUUCGGGAUAUGGAGCUACUGAAUCGGCUUGAUACUGUUUCGGUGCGAGGAUUCCUCACGGCAACUCGCCUUUUACUUUGUGAACAUGCUGAGAAACUCUCUGCUGCCCUUGUUCUAAAAAACUACCACACCAAGCUUCCUGACCUCGUAAAUGCAGCGAUUAAUUCUGCUCUGGGUAAGCAGAAAAAGAGUGUUUCACAGAACCUGACAGCAGCGGAUGUUUUCUUCAGAGAGGUCUCCCAGAUCGAUACAGCAUUUGAAUCGUUGUUGGAGGAAGAAGAAAAUAUUUUGGAGGAGAACGAUCCCGUCUCCCUGGAGUGGGCUCAAGUAGCUGUCAAUGUUAACAAUAUCCUGAAGGAUAUGUUGCAUGCAGCAGUGCACCAUCGACACAACAAGAGUUCAUUGUACAAGUCAGAAGAGGAUGCAGAACGGGAGCCCGAGUACAUUCCUUGGACAGCUUCUAGUGGUCCAUCUGGUGUGAGGAAUGUGAUUGUAAGGCAGACUGAUAUCGUGCUGAAUAAAGUAUAUCCACAAGUUGACAGCUCCUUACGUAAUACCCUCCUGGAUCAACUGGUAGUGCUGCUCGACUUCUAUCUGGAUGGCUAUGUUUGUCAACUCAAGUCAGUGGACAGACCUUCACAGCAGGAUAGAUACAAUACCCUGGACUUGGAAUACACCCAGAAACGUUCACAACUUCUCGCACAAUUACUUUCUCUCAAGCAACACCAGCUGACCGCUUCCCUGGCAGAGAAAUAUUGUGACUUUGACAUUCUGAUUCAACUUUGUGAACAAACUGACAACCAGGCAAGACUACAGCACUACCUAAACCAGUUUGCAGAUCAGAACUUUUCCGACUUCCUGUUUCGCUGGUACAUGGAAAAGGGAAAAAGAGGGAAGCUGCUGUGCCCGCCAGUGGCCCAACAUGCCCAGCUGGCUCAUUUCCUGCAGUCGCACCAACACCUCAGCUGGCUGCAUGAGAUCAACAUCCACAACUUUGAUAAGGCUCAUCAAACAUUACUGAAUCUUGCUAACAUGGAGUUACGAUACUUUGCAAAGAAGAAAACUCUCUUGAGCCUCAGUAAACUCUCUGCAUUUGCUUCUGAUCUCCCUGAGGACCGUCUGCGUGAGAGGAUGGAGGAAUUGAAUGCACAAGAACGGUAUCUGCUUCAUCAGGAUACUCUCCCAAUGGAGCUGAUGGAAAGAAAACAGCUCAACACUGACACCAUGCCUGUGUUGUCUGCUUCACAACUGAUUCAUCUUUACAUCGGUGAUGACAACAUAAGAGCGAAUGACUAUGAUUUCAAGAAGGCACUUGAUCUAUUGGAGUUUGUUGAGAAGGAGGACAACCUUGUUGCUGAUGUUGGUGUUGAUGCACUGAAACUGGAGAUCUUCAGUCGAGCUAUCCAGAAAGAUGAUUGGUCUUUCAGUCCAACGGAUGAUCCUGUUGAAGCUGCCAAGGAGACCAUGCUGAUAAAAGUAAUAGAAAAGCUCAUGGAUGAAGGCGUUGAGCUGAAAGACUACUUGCCAGAAAUAAAGGACUUGCUGUUGUCAGAUCAUCUUGAUACUCUGAGAUCCAAUUCGUAUUUUGAAUUCCUCUUGCAAGCAAACUAUGAACAUUACAUGAAAGCACAAUCUUAAUUGACCUCUACUGUUGAACGUGUUUCACUCAUCGGGUAAUUUGAAUAAACUGCCUGCCACAUUGCAAUUUAAUAAAUAAAUGUCUCAAACUAUUACAUUUCUAAUAAAGCCAUUUAAUUUUACAAAGA